AUGAGAGUCAUUAUCCGCGACGACAAAGACGGUGCUUCGAAAUAUGCUGCCCAGUAUAUCGUCGACCGCAUAAAUGCCUUCGGUCCUACUCCCGAGAAGCCCUUCGUUCUGGGACUGCCUACGGGAAGCAGUCCAGAAAUCAUAUACAAAUACCUCGUUCAGGCGCACAAGGAUGGGUCAGUCUCAUUUGCGAACGUCGUGACCUUUAACAUGGACGAAUAUGUUGGUCUGGCAGAGGACCACCCGGAAUCUUACCAUAGCUUCAUGUACAAGCACUUCUUUGCGCACGUCGACAUCAACCCUGCAAACGUCAACAUCCUGAACGGCAACGCUCCCGACCUCAAGGCCGAAUGUGCCGCCUACGAAGACCGUAUCGCCGCAGCGGGUGGAAUUGACUUGUUCCUCGGCGGCAUUGGGCCGGAUGGACACAUUGCAUUCAACGAGCCAGGCUCGUCGCUUAAGUCGAGGACAAGGGUCAAGACGCUGGCAGAAGACACAAUACGUGCAAAUUCGAGGUUCUUUGGAGGAGAUCUCGGUCAGGUGCCCAAGCAGGCUAUGACCGUAGGAGUGGGCACGGUCAUGGACGCCAGAGAGGUACUAGUAAUCGUACUCGGCUCGAACAAGGCCGUCGCAUUGGCGAAAACUGUUGAGGGAAGCGUGAGCCAGAUGUGGACAUGCAGUGCUCUUCAAAUGCACGAAAAGGCGAUGAUUGUGUGCGACGAUGCUGCAACAGACGAGAUGCAGGUGAAAACAGUCAAGUACUUCAAGAGCAUCGAACAUGUCGAAGCAGAACAAGAACAGAAAACGGCCAAGGCGACUCCCCAAGAAGGAUCGCAAUCAAGACUCGACAAUUGGAGAGCAGGGCUGAAGGACCUCAAGAUCGACACAGACAGGAAAGACCAGCUGGAUAUGGAAGACGGAGAGUUGACACCAGACAGCAUGUCUUCCAGACUGGUCGACUCGGCCAUUGCCAUGAAUGAUAAGAAGAUGUCGGAUUUCAUGUUCGACAGAAUGGGUUCUAGGGUCUCGACGUUUGCAGCAUGA